GUCCUGUCAGGGCGCCGGCGUCGUGGUGCUUGGGCGGCCGCCACCGAGAGGGUUUGGUGGGGCCGCUUCCGGGACUGCGGACGGCGCGCGACCCCGGCCUCCCGCCGCGCCCCUAGCCGGCCCCUCCGGUGUCGCCAGCCGCACCUUAGGGCGCGCGAGCGGGUCGGCGCCGCGGCCACCUCGGGGCCUGGCCUGGCCGCAGCCCCCUCCCCCGCCCCAGCCGCCGGCCCGGAGCGCCCUCGCGAUGCAGCCGCCGGGCCCGCCCCCGGCGUAUUCCCCCACCAACGGGGACUUCACCUUUGUCUCCUCCGCGGACGCGGAAGAUUUGAGUGGCUCAAUAGCAUCCCCAGAUGUCAAAUUAAACCUUGGUGGAGAUUUUAUCAAAGAAUCUACAGCUACUACAUUUCUUAGACAGAGAGGAUAUGGCUGGCUUUUGGAAGUUGAAGAUGAUGAUCCUGAAGAUAACAAGCCACUCUUGGAGGAAUUGGAUAUCGAUCUAAAGGAUAUUUACUACAAAAUUCGAUGUGUUUUGAUGCCAAUGCCAUCACUUGGUUUUAAUAGACAAGUGGUGAGAGACAAUCCUGACUUUUGGGGUCCUCUGGCUGUUGUUCUUUUCUUUUCCAUGAUUUCGUUAUAUGGACAAUUUAGGGUCGUCUCAUGGAUUAUAACCAUUUGGAUAUUUGGUUCACUAACAAUUUUCUUACUGGCCAGAGUUCUUGGCGGAGAAGUUGCAUAUGGCCAAGUUCUGGGCGUUAUAGGAUACUCGUUACUUCCUCUCAUUGUAAUAGCACCUAUACUUUUGGUGGUUGGAUCAUUUGAAGUGGUAUCUACACUUAUAAAACUGUUUGGUGUAUUUUGGGCUGCGUACAGUGCUGCUUCAUUGUUAGUGGGUGAAGAAUUCAAGACCAAAAAGCCUCUCCUGAUUUAUCCAAUCUUUUUAUUAUACAUUUAUUUUUUGUCCUUAUAUACUGGAGUUUGAUCUAAGUGAUCGAAGAGUAGAAAAAGACAAUGUUAAAUUUGUGUGUAGGCUGGGAAUUCUAGCUGAGGGGACUGAACAAAAACUGUUGCUGGUAAAAUUUACAUGUUCCAGAUGUAAAACUGGUUUAAGGUCUUUUUAAAACAAUAUUUUUUGUAUGUAAUUAAGUAAUUGCAGUUACCUGGAUUUUUUUUUUUUUUUGGUCAGAAUUCAAAAUUCUGUUUGAUUCUUCAUAUUCCAGUGAAUAAAAUAUAAAAACAUUGUGUUUUUAAGAUUGUGUCAAUAUUCACCUAAAGACGUGUGCCAAAAGCACCUGGUGUGGUAAUAUAUUUCACUUGAAGAGUAAAUAUGACAAAACAUCCUGAUAAUCUAAAAGUGCAAUUUUUUUCUUUAAUGGGUUUUCUCCUGCAUUGCAGAUCCUGUAGAUAUAUAUUUAUAUUUAUACAUAUAUAUUUAUGAAAUAAUUCUUAUUCACAAAAUAUAUUUCUGACUAGCCUAAAAAUUAAGAUAUUUUAAAUCUAAUGUUUGAACUUUCUUUAAUUUGGCCAUUAAUCUUUUUAUUUAUAAAUUUAAAUUUGUUUUAAAAUUGUAUAUAAUUUUUUAAAUCUCAUACAUGCUUCAGUAUGUCCUUGUUAAGAAUUCUUAAUAAUUAACUACUAAAACUAAUUUUAAUAGUUGCUGAUACAGAUUUGAUUUGCUUGGGUGUGCUUUUAAAACUAUUUUUGAAUGUCUCAACAUCUGAUCUGAAGUUUCUGUUUAAUCUUUCUGGCUAAAGGAGCAAGAGGUAUAUAAAUGGAUGCGGCAUUCAUUAAAAUUGUCAAUAUGUAGAAAAAUUAUAUUAUUUAUAGCAUCAUUAAAUAUUAUUAAGUGGUACUCCCUAAAUCAUAAAAGUUGCUGGAAAAGACCUCUAAAAAUUUUGUGGUCCUGAACAAUGUUACAUGAAGUAGAAAAAAAAUAAAAUGCUUCCCAGCUGUG